CUGAAAAGAGAACUUGAGAGGGACACAUAGACGCACGCGAACACGCCGAGGGGAGAGAGAGAGAGAGAGAGAGAGAGAGAGAGAGAGAGAGAGAGAGAGAGAGAGGGUACAAACAAGGAAUGGCAACAGACGUAGCGUCGGCGCCCGCGAUGCUCCGAAGCACAAUUUUUGUGGGCCAUGGAUCGCCGCAGCUCCCAGAGCUGGACAUUCCUGCAAGGCAAUUCCUGCGCAAUAUUGGAAAAGAGUUGCCAAGACCGAAGGCAAUUCUGUGCGUUUCGGCUCAUUGGAUGACGUCGGCGCCAAGUGUCACAGCAGCGGACCGAAUGUCAACCAUCCACGACUUCUGGGGAUUUCCAGCCCACAUGUAUGAAUGGAAGUAUCCUGUGCCUGGUUCGCCACGUCUUGCAGAGCGAGUAGCUGAGCUCCUGACUGUGGCCGGGUUCGGGACCAGCAUCGACAGGAAGAGAGGAUUGGACCAUGGCGCAUGGAUUCCACUCUCGUUGAUGUAUCCAGACGCUGACAUCCCAGUCGUGCAAUUGUCCAUUCAGCCUGAUAGAAGUCCCCGCCAUCACGUCCAGAUGGGGCGGGCUCUCUCCGCUCUCCGCGAAGAAGGAGUACUCGUCCUGGGCUCAGGGAAUGUAACCCAUAAUUUGAGGGAGCUUCGGUUUUCUGGUCCCGUGGAGGUACCCAACUACGCCACGAGGUUUGAUGAUUGGACUCAUGACACCCUUAUUCACGGGAAGGUUGAUGAUCUGUGCGACUACCUGAACAAGGCACCAGAGGCUAGACGUGCUCAUCCAACUCCUGAUCAUUUCCUUCCUCUUCAUGUGACCCUCGGCGCGGCAGGAGAGAGCCCACGUACCAAAAGAAUUCAUAGCAGUUUUUCAGGGAACUUUUUCAGUAUGGCUGCAUACGAAUUCGAGGCAGCAGAGUAUGCAGCCGCGGCUUAGCGUAGCUAGCCCAUAUCUGCGUUCCUCCAGGCUGUUUUAGUUUCUCUCUCCCCCCUCUUAAACACCGCUUCUUGUUUUUUCCUUGGUUUCCUAGCGGCGUAGCUUUUAUUCUAGCAUGUCGUGCCUGCAUACUUUGAGCGCAAAUGUUCCCCUCCAUGAGCUACUGACCUGAGGAUAAAAUCCGCCCAAACCAAACGUAAAGGGUGGAUAUCGUAUACACUGUAGCAAGCACUUACAACUGGUAUACACCCGUGAGCACCUUCUUUCUAUUAGUGCUGUUUUUCAAACGAACUUCAGAGUUGUGGGGAUGGAUGUGAAAGAUGAGGGGUGUUAAUCUUUCAACUCGUCAGUUUAUGUACAACAGUACAAGCACUUUGCCGCGAGCACGAUGAUCAAAUGUGAUCAAAUCGGCACGGAGCUGCGUCAGCAAUCUUAUCCAGAUGUUCUGGAUAUACAAAUGAAGAUAUAAUAAACAGAAGCAUUUCGAGUUUAGGGAAACCGACAGCAUCAUGCUCCCCGCUUCCUACCGAAAUCCCCCGACCCCCUCCUUCCGCCGUUUCUGUGCAUAUCACCGACACCUCCCCCCCUUCCCACCAAACCCUCCCCAACCCCUCUGGCAAUAGUGAACUGCGGCGAACUGUUGCCUGCUCACACAUCCAAGAAAAAACUUUUCUGGCGCACGAACAAAGGUGGUACUGAAAAGGUAAUGAAAUUAGGCAAAAAGU